AUGGGAAAAAAGAAAGAAUGCAGCAGGAUAUUCAAAGGUUUUGGAGAUGAUGAUUGUUAUUUUAAUAAAGAUAAUUUAAAUAAUUCUGACUCUUCUUCUAAAAGAAUUUUUGUUAGUUCAGAAUUUCCCUGUUCUCUAAACGGUUUGGUGAAUUUUUUGAAAAAAAAUUUAAAAAUUAAUUUAGGGCAAUCAAUUUCACUGGACAAGAACGGAACAACAGAUAUAUUUAACAGACUUUCCAAUCCUUUUAAAUUUUCUUCUCAACAUGAUCAAGAAUUUAAUGAUUUAUUUACUAAUUUGAAAAUAAUUUCAACUUCAUUAAAAAGAAGUCAAAAAGAAAUUCACAAAAGAAAAAAACAAAUUUCUGCAAGAUGGAGGAGAUCAACAUUAAAUCAAUUAACAUUCUUGCUUUUUAUAUUUUUGUUUAUUUUUCAACAACAUUCCUUUUGUUUAGCUGAGGAUAAUUUAAUUAGAGAGGAAUCAGUAAAUUCUCAACAACAAACAUUCGUUCCUAAACGUGUUUAUACAAAUCAGUGGGCAGUAAGAAUUGCAGGCGGUCAUCAAGAACAAGCUGAUGAACUUGCCUCUAAAUACGGGUUUCGAAAUUUGGGUCCAGUAAUUCCCGGUGGAGAGUUCUUCCUAUUUGAAAGCCGUACACUUGGAAAAAGGUCUCUACGUAAAGUUCGGCGUCAUUUACACUCGUCUAUAACAAGAGAAGAAAAUGUUGUUUGGUUAGAACAACAAGUUGUCAAAAAACGUGUAAAAAGAGAUUUUCUCGCUCCUUUAUCCCCUCACCAAUUAAAUCAAAAUAUUCAUUCUCCUUCACUACUUCGUGGAAGAAGACCUCCAGGAAUAUCUUCUGUCAAUAUUCCAAUUUUAAAGCCAAUAAUUGCUGAUGGUUCUGUUAUUCAACAUGCUGAUUAUGUUGAAAAUAAUGGUGGAAAUGGAGAAAUUGAAGAGGAUUAUUUUAUGGCUGGAGAUGAUUUUUUAGACAUGAAUAGAGUACAAGAUAGGGCUUACUAUGCUAGAAUGAAGUUUUCUGUGCCAAACGAUCCAUUUUGGAAGGAUAUGUGGUAUUUGCACCGAAGAGAUGACCAACCAGAUGAAAUGGACCAUAAUGUAAAAGAAGCAUGGGCAUUAGGCUAUACUGGACGUGGAGUUGUUAUUACAAUUCUAGACGAUGGAUUGGAACGAACACAUCACGAUUUGGCAGCAAACUAUGAUCCAGAUGCUUCCUAUGAUGUAAAUGAUAGAGAUGAAGAUCCAAUGCCGAGAUAUGAUUAUGCAGAUGAAAAUAGGCAUGGAACACGUUGUGCUGGGGAAGUAGCUGCAGUCUUUAACAAUUCAUUAUGUGUUGUUGGAAUCGCUUUUAAUGCAAAAAUUGGAGGAAUUCGAAUGUUGGAUGGUGAUGUUACCGAUGCUGUAGAAGCUACCUCCCUUAGCCACAAUUCUCAACAUAUUGAUAUCUAUUCGGCAAGCUGGGGUCCGGAUGAUGAUGGACGAACAGUUGAUGGCCCUGCAACUUUAACUAAAAAUGCUUUUGAAAGAGGAAUUACUGAAGGAAGGCAAGGGAAAGGAUCAAUUUUUAUUUGGGCAUCAGGAAAUGGUGGAAAAGAUGCUGAUUCUUGUAAUUGUGAUGGCUAUACAAAUUCAAUUCACACCCUUUCAAUCUCAUCUGCUACCGAACGGGGCAAUAUUCCAUGGUAUUCUGAGGCUUGCAGUUCAACUUUAGCCACAGCCUAUUCAAGUGGUGCUUCUGGUGAACGGAUGAUUGUAACAACGGAUCUGCGUGACUCUUGCACUAAAACACACACUGGUACUUCUGCUUCAGCACCUUUAGCAGCUGGAAUUGCUGCUUUGACUUUAGAAGCUAAUCGAAAUUUGGGAUGGAGGGAUUUACAGCAUAUUGUUGUGAGAACAGCUAAACCAGUUAAUCUGAGGGCUGGAGAUUGGAGAUUAAAUGGAAUUGGCAGAAAUGUUUCUCAUUCAUUUGGUUAUGGUUUACUUGAUGCGGGUGCUAUGGUUAGAUUGGCAAAAGUAUGGAGAAAUGUGCCUAAAUCAAAAAAAUGUCGUGCAAUAUAUCCAAAUCCUUACAAAACAAUUCCACGUGGUAACAGACUACAUCUACAAUUAUAUACAGAUGUUUGUGCGGAUAAAAGAGAUAAUCAUGUAAAAUAUUUGGAACAUGUUCAGGCUAUUGUAACUUUGAGUGCACCAAAAAGAGGGGAUAUUCAAAUAUAUUUAACAAGUCCUAGAGGUACUCGUUCAACUCUUUUAGCCAAACGACAGCGAGAUACGAGUAGAACAGGAUUUAAAGAUUGGGCUUUUAUGACUACACAUAAUUGGGGAGAAAGUGCUUAUGGAACGUGGUCUUUGGAAAUUGAUAAUGAUGGACUUGAUGAUGCUGAAUUGCUUAAAUGGGAAUUGGUUUUAUAUGGAACAGAUGUUUUUAUUGGGCCAACAGGCUUUGAACCUUCCUCUGCUCUAUCCGAACGUUCUGUUCAAACAUCACACAACGGGGAUUCCUUUACAGAUUCUGGCGUUGAACAACGGUCAAUUAGGUGGAUUUUGGUUUUGAUUGCCUCUCUUUUGCCUCUAUUAAUUGGACUUUUAGUUUUAUUUUAA